GUGAUCCGUAGGAGGAUAACGGAACAGCGAAAUACAAACAUUGUUUCAUCGGCACAGAUCCUACCUCCAUUGGCCUGACAAAAAAGGGAAUAAGGGGAAGUAACGUAAGAAAAUGUCGCCUAAGAAAGUUGACUUUUAUCAGCGGUGGUCGUGAUUGAGUUUAUUUUUGGAAGAAUUGUUAAAUCUGUUAAGAAUAAUACACUGAGCUUUUUAUUUAUAAGUGGAGAAUUUGUAUCUCAUUCUUAAAGAAAAUGGCCGCCAUGCGGCUGACAGUUUUUCAGUGCAUCUGUGCUUAUUGGCUAUGUAUGUUUAUUCCGUUCGGGAUUUGCUUUGAUUUAGCAUGUAUUGAAGUCAAGAAAUCAUUCGCGACAAAAGGAUUCAGUGAAAAUGAUGUGCCUAUACAGGCUAUACCAGGUGAACAUUUGGAAGUAUGUCCACAAGGAAACACAUGUUGUACCCAAGAAAUGGAAGGUAAACUUCAAUCACUUAGUAAAAAGGAACAUCAGCAGCAAAUGGAUGAAGCUUAUAGACUCAUCAAAGUUACAUUUUCUUCGAGAACAAAAAAGUUUGAUGAAUUUUUCACAGAAUUAUUAGACAAUGCUAGAAAAGACUUACAUGAAAUGUUUGUCAAAACUUAUGGACUGCUUUAUCAACAGAAUUCAUACAUUUUUACAGACUUGUUUAAUGAUUUACGAGGAUAUUACAAAGGCAAAGAUAAAAACCUUAUGGAUGUUAUGGACAACUUUUUCAGUAGAUUAUUACAGAAAAUGUUUCAACUUUUAAAUGCUCAGUAUCAAUUUGAUGAUGAAUAUAUGAGUUGUGUAACAGAGAGAAUGGAUGAUUUACAACCAUUUGGAGAUGUUCCUAUCAAAUUGUCUAUACAGGUUAAAAGAGCAUUUAUUGCCGCUAGAACAUUUGUGCAAGGUUUGGCAAUUGGCCGUGACGUUGUUAUGAAUGUAAUGGAGGUUCCAGCAACAGAAUCUUGUACUAAGGCUUUAAUGAGAAUGACGUACUGCCCUCAUUGUCGUGGAUUAACUCUUACCAAACCUUGUAGCAAUUAUUGUUUGAAUACUAUGAAAGGUUGCCUUGCCUAUCAGGCAACAUUAAAUUCCGCCUGGAAUGAAUAUAUUGAGGCUAUGAAGAUGUUGGCUAGUAGAUUAGAAGGACCAUUUAAUAUAGAAUCAGUUGUUGAUCCUAUUGAUGUUAAGAUAUCAGAUGCUAUCAUGAACCUACAGGAGAAUAGUUCAAAAGUUUCAGCAAAAAUAUUUGCUGGCUGUGGAACGCCAAGAUUGGGUCGAAAGAAACGUGAAACCCAAGAAUAUAAUUUUGAUUUUGAAAAGACGAAAAAACAGCCCAAACCUACCACUGCUGCCGGUACAAAUUUAGACAGAUUGGUGAAAGAUAUUCGUGAAAAAGUGAAAACCGCUAAAGAUUUUUGGAUAUUGUUACCCUACACGUUAUGUAAUAAUGAAGAUAUGGCUGCUAGUCCUGGUAAUGAAGAAGAUUGUUGGAAUGGACAAGAUAGAGCUAGGUAUAUACCAGAUGUACAGAAAGACGGUGUUAUAAAUCAGAUCAACAAUCCAGAGGUAGAAGUUGAUGUCACUAAAGCCAAUAGUGUUGUCAGUCGACAAGUUAUACAACUUAAACUAAUCACAGGUCGACUACAUAAUGCUUAUAACGGACAAGAUGUGGAUUGGAUAGAUACUGAAAUUGAUGGUUACAGUGGUAGUGGUAGUGGUGGUGGAAAUGAUAUUAUAGAAAGCAGUGGUUCAGGUGUUGGUAGUCUACCUGAUGAAGGUGUUGAUAGUAUAGAUAUAGACAACCCACCUUAUAAUACAGACAAUUCCCAUAGACCUAACAGUAAUAAUAAGAACAUCAACAAACCACGCCCAACUCAACACCCCAACAAACCUACGGCAACGGCAUCAAUCAAUCAUAUGACACUAUCCAUGAUGACAGUGGUCAUCCUACUGGCUAAAGCUUUAAUAACAAUAAUAAUGUGAGCACAGACAAUAUUAUUGUAGCAAGGACUAAUCCUGUCAAUGCGAAUAUAUACUAUUUUAAACCAAAGUUAUGAGAGAGAUUUAUUUACUACUCAAGAUUAUUUUAUGAUACAGCCAAGUAAGAAUUAAUAUUGUUAAAUGUACAAUGGUGGUGAAGGAGGAAUAUAUCUACCAAUUAAAAAAAAAUGCUGGCAACAAAAACUAUGUAAACUUAGAUUCCAUAAUAACAAGAGCAAUAUUGACUGUAUUUUCACUGUGCCUGAAUCUAAUGAUAACUGGUGCUGUAGGCUGGACUAUUUGGAGUAAUACAAUGUGUGUAGUGAUAGAUAGCACCAAGAUGUACAUAUGUACAUUUCUUCUACUGUACUUAACAUUUUUGUGUAUUCACAGACAAUAAACUUGUGUUCCAAGCCAAUGUACAUCUAAAUGUUUUGCCAAAAAGUGAAAAUUAUGGCAUUAUUUAUAUUGUGUGAAUUAUUUUAAUGCUAAGAAAUAGCAAAAAAUCAAGAAGUUACUUCCCACCUCAGUCCACCCCUUUGGUUGGUUAUUGUACAUGUGCUAUGGUAAUGUAUAAUUUACUUUUUGAGUGACUGGGGUUGUAUUUGUUAAGAAACUUGUGAUUUUUUUUUCCUUUUUAUUUAAAAUGCUGAGGUUUUAAUUAUCCUUCAUUUAGGCCACUGGGCUUGUGCUGUCACUUUUGUCCGUCCAGCAUAAAUAACUUACACUUUUGAUAUUGUCAUGAGAAACUGUUCAAUGAGUUCAUCUGCAGUAUUCUGGUUUCAUGUAUUUACAUACAUAUAUUAAUUCAGGGGAGUUUCGGGCACAAAAGUAAUCCUAUUUUCAAAAAGAAACAAACGAUUUGCCAAGAACCAAAGAUAUUUGUUAAAAUAUUUAAUAUGUAUGUGAACGUUCAAAUAUGUUCUAUGGAAAGACUUGGGAGAACAGGGUCCUAAAAGGGCUGUGUGGAAAUAAAUGGCUCCUCUCAUAAGAGUUUUACGGUGAUGGAACAAUGUUUAAAGCAUUGAUGUUAUUUCGCCGUUAAAUGUCAGACAUAUCCUAUGCUAUUUUCCAAACAUCCAACCAGGAAUAUGCCCAAUCGGAUAUCAAGAUAUAGUGAAUAAUAUUCAAAAUUCCAAAAUUAAUUGACUGUACUGAGUGUAUAAUAGGCUGGAUUGAUUAGGUAAUUAAGUGAUCAAUGUAUUUAUUGUGUUAUACCGUUUAUACAUCUACUUUAAAGGCUUUUUAUAUUAUUAAAUAUACUGUAUAUUAAAAUUGAAAGACAGUAGUCUUUGGGGCUUUUGUUUCAAAAGCUGCAUUUGAAACCUACAAGACCACAAUAUAUAGUCCCUUCUAAAAAGUCUGAAUAGAUAAUUUUCAUCCAAUUACUAGUCCAUGGUUUUAUCAUUUUUAAUUUUAAAUACGAAGAACAAUGAAAAUAUUAACAACUUACCUCAGGGGAUGGGACAAUGUGAGAUGUAAUUUACUAGGCAGUUUGACUAGUUACACCUUGUAUAAUUAUCUAUUUAUAUAUUUUUCUUUACCUUAGAUUACUUACAGUUUUGUGUGUAUAUAUAUUGUAUGUAAGGUAAAGCAGUUCUGAUUGUUUAUUGUAGAGUUUUAAUCUUGUUGCAAUCAUGUUUGAUUGGUUAUUUGAUUGGUUAUGAUGGGCUGAUCGAAUAUCUACCAAAUCAAUCAAAUACACAUUUUUAUUAUUAUGACAUGACUUAAUAACUUUAUAUAUACAAGAUGGUCAGUAGUUUUUAACUUUUACUUUUCUCAUAUUUUGCAUGUUAAAUUUUAAUGGAAAGAGACUUGUACUAGAUUAAACUAUUUAAGAAAGGAGAAACUAGUAUAUUUGUUUAAUGUAGAUCAAACAAAUAUUCAGCAAGUAGAAUUUGUAUUUUAUAUGUUUGUAUUGUGUCUUCCGUUUUAAAUAUUGAAAUAUAAAAAUGUUCAGAAACACAUAGUGCGUGAUUUAUUUCUGUUUCAUAUAUUUUGUGUAUUCAUAUAUUUUGUGUGUGUGUGUGUGUAUAUAUAUAUAUGUAUGUGUGUGUGUGUGUAUAUAUAUAUAUAAUUGAAAUUAAAGAUGGCAAAAUAAAACUACAUUU